AUGAGCCAGGACGAGGGUUACAAAAUGACGCUGCUGGAAGAGUUACAGGGAGAUGACGAAGAGGCAGUGAUUGACCAAGGAAGAACGAGCAACGUCGUCAAUAUUCACUAUGAGAAGGAGGAGUUGGAAGGCCACCGGACCCUGUACGUGGGCGUGCGGAUGCCGCUGGUGAGGCAAAGCCAGCGGCAUCACCGUCCCCACAGCCAGAAGCAUCGGGAACAGGAACGGGAGAAGGACUCUGCCCCGACGGAGCAGGGCUACCACUACACUCCGUCCCAGCGAGUGCAGUUCAUCCUCGGGACCGAGGAGGACGAGCAGCACGUUCCCCAUGACUUGUUCACCGAGCUGGAUGAGAUCUGCGUGAAAGAGGGUGAAGAUGCCGAGUGGAAGGAAACGGCAAGGUGGCUGAAGUUUGAGGAGGACGUGGAAGACGGCGGCGAGCGCUGGAGCAAGCCCUACGUGGCCACGCUGUCCUUGCACAGCCUCUCUGAGCUGAGGAGUUGCAUCAUCAACGGGACGGUGCUGCUGGACAUUUGUGCCAACAGCAUCGAAGAGAUUGCAGAUAUGAUCCUGGGCCCGCAAGACCGGUCCACGGAGUUUGACGAGCACGUGCGGGCAAAAGUUCGAGAAGUCCUACUGAAGAAGCAUCACCAUCAGAAUGAGAAGAAAAGAAACAACCUUCUUCCCAUCGUCCGCUCGUUUGCUGAUGUGAGCAAGAAGCAGUCAGACCUGCACCUCCUUGACAAGCCAGCCCAAACACUCACCCCGCAUCCUUCUCCUACCACUGCAGAAGCUAAAAAUGGGGUGAACCACGAGAGCAACGCGAUGGACUUAAGCAAGGCGCAGCUGCAUUUCAUGAAGAAAAUUCCCACCGGGGCUGAAGCAUCCAACAUGCUCGUAGGAGAGCUGGAUUUCCUUCGCCAGCCCAUCGUGGCAUUUGUCCGCCUGACCCCGGCUGUCCUCCUCUCGGGCAUGACGGAAGUUCCCAUCCCAACAAGGUUCCUGUUUGUUUUGCUUGGACCAGAAGGCAAAGCCCAUCAGUACCAUGAGAUCGGCAGGUCCAUGGCUACUAUCAUGACGGAUGAGGUUUUCUGUGACGUUGCCUAUAAAGCCGAGAACCGGGCUGACCUCGUGGCCGGCAUCGACGAGUUUCUGGAUCAGGUCACGGUCUUGCCGCCAGGAGAAUGGGAUCCAUCGAUCCGAAUCGAGCCCCCGAAAAACGUCCCUUCGCAGGGAAAAAGGAAGAUGCCAGGAGCUCUCGAUGACAGUGCUUCUCACAGCAAGCCAGAGAAACACAGUGGUCCUGAACUGGAGCGCACGGGAAGGCUCUUUGGAGGUUUGAUCCUGGACGUGAAGCGCAAAGCCCCGUGGUUCUGGAGCGACUUUCGGGAUGGUCUGAGCCUGCAGUGUCUGGCGUCCUUCCUCUUCCUCUUCUGUGCCUGCAUGUCCCCUGUCAUCACCUUCGGGGGACUGCUGGGGGAGGCGACCGACGGCCACAUCAGUGCCAUGGAGUCACUGCUGGGCGCAUCCAUGACCGGCGUGGUGUAUUCCCUCUUUGCUGGCCAACCUCUCACCAUCCUCGGCAGCACUGGACCCGUCCUCGUGUUCGAAAAGAUCCUCUACAAAUUCUGCAAGGAGUACGCGCUCUCCUAUCUCUCUCUGCGGGCCUGCAUCGGGCUGUGGACUGCCUUCUUCUGCAUAGUGCUGGUGGCCACCGACGCCAGCUGUUUGGUGUGCUACAUCACCCGCUUCACCGAAGAAGCCUUCGCCUCCCUCAUCUGCAUCAUCUUCAUCUACGAGGCUCUGGAGAAGCUGAGUCACCUGCGAGAGACCUACCCUGUGCACAUGCACAGCAAACUCGACUUCCUCACCGUCUACUACUGUAAGUGUGAGGCACCAAGCCAUCCCAGCAAGGCAACCCUGCGUUUCUGGGAGAGCAACGAGAUCAACGUGUCUGGCAUCGCCUGGGAAAACCUCACGGUGACUGAAUGUCGGUAUUUGCAUGGAGAGUUUCACGGACCUGCCUGUGGACGCAAUGGCCCCUACGCGCCUAAUGUCCUCUUCUGGUGCUGCAUCCUCUUCUUCUCCACCUUUGUCCUGUCGAGCUUCUUGAAGAAGUUUAAAAGCAGCCGUUACUUCCCAACCAGAGUGCGGUCCACAAUAAGUGACUUUGCUGUUUUCCUCACCAUCGUCAUCAUGGUGCUCACUGACUUCAUGACUGGGAUCCCGUCACCGAAGCUCCACAUCCCCCAUACGUUCAAGCCUACCAGAGACGACCGCGGGUGGUUCAUCAACCCCAUAGGACCCAACCCUUGGUGGACGGUGGUGGCUGCGCUCAUCCCAGCUCUGCUUUGCACCAUCUUGAUAUUCAUGGACCAGCAGAUCACGGCUCUUAUCGUGAACAGGAAGGAGCACAGGCUGAGGAAAGGAUGCGGGUACCACCUGGACCUCUUCAUGGUGGCCGUGAUGCUGGGGGUGUGCUCCGUGAUGGGGCUGCCGUGGUUUGUGGCUGCGACCGUCCUGUCCAUCACCCACGUGAAUAGCCUCAAAGUAGAGUCUGGCUGCUCAGCUCCAGGAGAACAGCCCAAGUUUCUGGGGAUACGAGAGCAGAGAGUCACUGGCUUGAUGAUCUUUGUGCUCAUGGGCUGCUCAGUCUUCUUCACUUCGGUGUUAAAGUUUAUACCAAUGCCUGUGCUUUAUGGCGUCUUUCUCUACAUGGGUGUGUCGUCGCUCAGAGGAAUUCAGUUCUUCGAUCGCUUGAAGCUGUUUGGGAUGCCGGCGAAACACCAGCCGGAUUUCAUCUACCUGCGGCACGUCCCCUUGCGAAAGGUGCAUUGCUUCACCAUGAUCCAGCUGAUCUGCCUCGUCCUGCUCUGGGCCAUCAAGGUGUCGCGUGCCGCCAUCAUCUUCCCCAUGAUGGUUUUGGCUCUCGUUUUUGUCCGGAAAGUGAUGGAUUUCUGCUUCUCGAAGCGAGAGCUCAGCUUUCUGGAUGACCUUAUGCCAGAAAGCAAGCAGAAGAAGUUGGACGAUGCCAAAAAUGAAGCCAAAGAAGAAGAGGAGUCCCAGAAGGUGAUGGAAGCUGCUGCUGCAAAUUGGGUUCAACUGAAAGUGGGGAAGACCAGCGACUUGGAUAUCCCACAGCAAAGCAGCGACAGGACCGAUCCUUCCGAGAUUAAUAUCUGGGAUGAAAUGUCGAAAACGACCGUGUGGAAGACUCUCCCUAUGAACACAGAAACAGUCUGA